AGGUAUUCACAGGUAUGCUUUUAGGUGAUUGCGGCCUAAGAAUGAUGGGUAAUGAUGCUCACAUUUAUUUUGAACAGAAAGACCAAUCCUUCGUAGUUCACCUAUGGAGCCUCUUUAACGAAAUAGGAAUUGUAGGGGCACCCCCCUUGAAAAAAGAAUCAAUUAUUAAGCCCUCCGGUUGGGUCAGACCGCAGGGUCGUCCAACCCGUUGGGUCAGACCGCAGCCGGCAGGGCAUAGGUACGCCGCCGCCAUAGGUACGCCGGCGGCAGGGGAGGGCUGUUUCGAUAAAUCUACAGGUAGAAUAGAUAUCUGUACUGACAGCUUUACAGAAAAAGAAGUGGACUUACUGCGUUCUAUUCUCUUAGAAAAGUAUGGUAUUGAUUCUUCUCGGAAAUCUGCUGGUAAUAAAGGGAAGGAACAAUAUCGUAUCCGUAUUCCUUAA